CACACAGACUAGAUAAGAGAUUUUUUUUCCCCCACUGGAAACUUAACAAGUUCACUUUAGAAUCCCUUAUUUGGUGCACAGAUCUGGCUAUUUCACAGAAAUACCGGCUCUGCAAAUAAGUUGGAGUUGAUCUCCCCCCUCGGAAAAGCUGCUGGUUGGUAGUCAUCAACAAGACGCGAUCAGGGAAGGUUCUUGCGGAGACUCAUGCAGAGAGAAUCCUGAGGGAAAACACAGAGCACUCAUUUCAGGAUGAAGCUGCAAGAGCAAAGGAUGGUACCAAACCAGUGCCAUCCACUGACUAACAGAUGCAAGAGGGUUCUUUGCCCAACUACGACGACGGCCCCUGUGAUGCGAAUCUGGCUCCUUCCCAGGCGGCUUCCUCUCCUGAUGCUGUUCUCUGCCCUGCAGACACCCACCCGGAGUUCAGAGGUUGCCAUUAACAUCAGCUUUGACUUGGCACCAAAUUCCUUUGAUGACCAGUACCAAGGCUGCAGCCAGCAGGUCAUGGAGAAGCUAAGACAAGGGGAUUAUUUCAGAAAAGAACUAGACUCACAUAGAAAUUACUCCAGGGUCUGGAAUAAUGCCCACCUAACAUGGUUGAACCAAGCAAAAGAUCUCCCCAAGAACAUUAAUAUGAUACAUGCUGUGGCCAUCUUGGUUUAUACAUCCAACAACAGCAUUCGCACAGACUUCAUCAGAGCCAUGACCAGCACUGCCAGGACUCCACAGCAGUACCAACAUUCAUUCCAUUUCAAAUACCUACACUAUUACCUGACCUCAGCAAUCCAGCUGCUAAGGAAAGAGAGAGUCGGGAAGAAUAACUCAUUGUGUUAUGAGGUACAUCAUGAGAUGGAGGCUAUCAAUUUGGAAGCCUACAGAGGUGCCACCAUCCGAUUUGGCCAAUUCCUCUCCACCUCCCUCCUAAAAAAAGAGGCACAGAAGUCUGAAAAACAAACUCUAUUUACCAUAUCCACCUGUCUGGGUGCACCUAUAGAAAAAGUCUCCUUCAAGAAGAAGGUCUUGGUCCCUCCCUAUGAGUUGUUCAAAGUUGUAAAUAUGAGCUACCACCCAGGAGGAAAUUGGUUGCAAUUGCAGUCAGCUGGGAACCGGAGCACAUUUAACUGUCAGCUGCUGAAAGCUUCCAGCAAAAAGUACAACCCGGCUCCCAUGGUUAUUGCUUCUCUCUCCUUCUUGACCAGUGUCGUCAUCUCUUCCAAAAGUAGAGUAUAAAGGAACCUUGUGAUUUUGCUUUCUCUGUGCCCUUUUGCUCGAUGCCGGCCAGGGCACCCUGAAUACCCUUGGGGAAUCACUCCGUCCAGCCCUCUACUGACACAGAGCUGACACAGCCCACUGCCUGUGAGAGGACCUGUAACUCCAUAUAUUUCUUCUCCAUGGACACAGAGAUUCAUACUGAAAUAGAAAAGGGCCCAAUCAGAGCGAGUGAGAUACAAUCAUGGUACUUUUUUGACAUUGGGAUCGGGAGUGGUGUGGGGGCUUUUUUUUUUUUUUUCCUUUUUUUCUUUUUUUAGUGGAGAUCAAAGAAAGCAGAGUGAGUAUGAGCCUGGAGCUACUAAGCAGCAAUCUUUCUACCUACCAGUAGGGGAGACUCUAUCUCCUUGAGUAUGAAGCGAACACAAUGAAGGAAGAAUUGAGAAACGAAAAGACACCGUUUUGAUGAGGCCCUAGAUCCAACUGUGCCUGAAACUGGACUGACUCCUGGGCUUUUUUUAUUACAUAAAUCAAUAAAUAGUAUGUUUGCAUAAAUAAUUUGGAUUGAAUAACCUACCUUAAGCAAUUAAAGGAGCUAUGAAUACAAGGAUUCUCCGUGAUUUUUAUUUAGCAAUCCUAAAUAGAAACAAACCAGAGAAGCUUGAGUUC